AUGAGAAAGGAAAAGACCCACAUGAACAUCGUGGUCAUUGGCCAUGUCGACUCCAGGAAGUCCACCUCCACUGGCCCACUGAUCUACAAGUGCAGACACAUCGACAAGAGAAUCAUCAAGAAAUUUGAGGAGGUGGCCGUGGUGGGUAAAAGCUCCUUCAGGUGCGCCUGGGUGUUGGACAAACUGAAGACUGAGCCUGUAUGUAUCACCAUCGACAUCACUCUGUGGAAGUUCGAGACCAGCAGAUACUACGUGACCAUCACUGAUGCUCCUGGACACAGGAACUUCAUCAAUAACAUGAUCACAGCAGGAGAGGAGGCACAGAGUUUGACUCCCCUGCUGCUCCGAACUGCUGCAGCCCUCAGGCCAAAGUGUGACACUAGCAGUCUCACAUGGGAGUGCAUGUCAAGUGUGCAGCAGAAUACCCACGGUGCCAACAAGGAUGUUGGUGCCCUCAAGCAUAAGAAGGCAUAA